GCAGUCUUAUCCUCUCCCUCCUCUCCCUCCUCUUCCUCCUCACUUUCUCCCCACAUUGAAUAACCCCUCCAUUAAACGUCCAUUCGUUUUCAGGCUUAUCCAUAGGCCUCCCUGAUAACUACGUAAUCUCACGAUUAUCUCAGGCUCAUCGUCCCAUUCAUGCCUAGUACGCGCCCAGCACUCACAUUAAUUGCUUCAGCCGCCGCCUUCUUCGCCGCCAUCUACCUCCUCCACACAUACACCAAGGCCUUUAGCGAGGGCCCUCGACUCCCGUCCUUCCGCCAGCCCAACACCUCGUCAACUCUCACAGACACAGACACAGACACCAUGGGUGGCGGUCCAGGCCAAGGCUUCCGCUCGGUCGCCUACUUCGUCAACUGGGCCAUCUACGCCCGAAAGCACCGCCCCCAAGACCUCCCCGUCGAACACCUCACCCACAUCCUCUACGCCUUCGCCAACGUCCGCCCCGACUCGGGCGACGUCUACCUGACCGACACCUGGGCCGACACCGACAACCACUGGGAGGGCGACUCCUGGAACGACCCCGGCACCAACCUCUACGGCUGCCUCAAGCAGCUCAACCUCCUCAAGAAGCGCAACCGCAACCUCAAAGUGCUCCUCUCCGUCGGCGGCUGGACCUACUCCUCCAACUUUAAGGUCCCCGCCUCCACCCCGGCCGGCCGCGACGCCUUCGCCCGCUCCUGCGUCCAGCUCGUCAAGGAUCUCGGCUUCGACGGCAUUGACAUUGACUGGGAGUACCCCCAAAAUGACGCCGAAGCCGCCGACCUCGUCCUCCUCCUCUCCGCCGUCCGCUCCGCCCUGGACGCCUACGCCGCCGCCGCCGCCCUCCCGGCAGGGAACCAGGCCCAGGCCCAGGCCCAGACCCCCUACUUCGAGCUCACCGUCGCCAGCCCCGCCGGCCCGCAAAACUACAACCGCAUGCGCCUCGCCGAGAUGGACCGCCUCCUCGACUUCUGGAACCUCAUGGCCUACGACUACGCCGGCUCCUGGGACGCCCUGGCCGGCCACCAGGCCAACGUGCGGCCCUGCGCCCGCAGCCCCGCCUCCACGCCCUUCAGCACCGUGCGCGCCCUGGACGACUACGUCGCCGCCGGCGUGCACCCGUCCAAGAUCGUCCUCGGCAUGCCGCUCUACGGCCGCGCCUUCGAGAACACCGACGGGCCCGGCACGUCGUACAGCGGCACGGGGGAAGGGUCGUGGGAGCGCGGCGUGUGGGAUUACAAGGUGCUCCCGCGGGACGGCGCUGAGGAGGUCCAUGACCAUGACUUUGGCGCGAGUUGGUCGUAUGAUGCCGCUCGUCGGGUUAUGGUCAGCUAUGACACCGUGCCUAUGGCGAGGGCCAAGGCUGCCCUCGCGGCGGAGAAGGGCCUCGGGGGUGCCAUGUGGUGGGAGAGCAGCGCUGAUAAGCCUGCUGGCCAGGGGAGCCUGAUCGAGAAUGUGGUUGACGUGUUGGGUGGUCCCAAGGCCCUGAUGCGCCAACCCAAUUGCAUCGUGUACCCCGAGACGAAGUACGAUAAUCUCAGGAAAGGCUUUCCUGACGAAUAGACCAGACUACCUAUACAUAUACUUGUCUGGGGAUAUAGAGAUAUAGACACGUAUAGUAGACGAUUGGAAAAUCUACACGGCGUAGAGAAUUGCACAUCACAAACAGCGAGAUUCUUCAUAGAGCAUCCCGAAUGUUCCAAGAGCAUUGUCAUUGCCAGCCUCUGAUGGGGGGUGUUGUGAUCGUUAUGCUACAUCAACGCCAGAAAAUUUCCCG